GGUACGCGGCAUAUAAAGAGAGGGUUUGUAGGUGACAGCCGAAUUUAAGUGACAUUUAAAAAUUAUGUAGUGAUUCAAAAUUAUUUUUAACUAGUUUCAAUAUAUCAUUGCAAUACUAAGAUGAUUACUUUAAUUUUUAAUCACACUGGUUUUUGUUUUUUGUAGUUUUCAAUAUUUAUCAUUUACAUUUUAUUACAAUUAUAAUAUAAAAAUGUAUUUUCAAUAUAUCUGUGAUUUAUUUUCAACUGUAUUUAUAAGUUGAAGUGAUAUAGAAUGAUGGGAGAAAGGAAGUUCACCAAAGGUUUAGGGCGGCCAGGAAUGGCUGCUCAACUUCGAGAAACUGUUUCUCAGGUUGUACGAGAUAGCUCAAAUAACCAAAAAUGUUAUCAGGUGGAACCAUUAGAUUUUGAGGACUAUGUUGCUAAAAAUCAAACUGUAUUUCAAAAUGACCCUCAAAGAGAACUAUUAAUAUAUCCUUCUGAUGAUGUUUCACAAGUAAUUUUACCAAGAAGAUAUCGAACUAUAGAUCCCAGUAUUCCUGUAAAUGCUGAUAUUACAGAUUGCUCACUAUUAACUAAAAGAUGUAUAGAAAGUUAUUUAUCAAAUUGGAAUGUUAUACAUUAUAAAUAUAGUAUUUAUUCAGGAUCUUAUGUUCAAUUGCCAUCAGAAGUGUAUAAAAAUGAUGAUCUCAAAGAAGAAAUUUAUGAAAUUGAUGCAGAUCUAGAUGGAUUAGAUAAAGAUUCAAAGACAAUAAAAAAUGAUAGUGCUUUAUUUAAAGAAGGAUAUUUGUAUAAAGGACCUGAUGGUGGUGGAGGUGCAUCAGAACGAAUGUUUGCUAAUUUAGCUGGUUCAAAGUCAUUCAAACGACGUUUUUGUAUAUUGAAACAACAAGUUGAUGGUACAUAUAUAUUAGAAGUUUAUAAAGACGAUAAAAAAGGAGAUACUAAAGCUACAAUUGUUAUGGAUUUGUGUGACAAAGUAAUUCGGAAUAGUAAAAAAGGCCGAUUUAGUUUUGAACUAAGAAUGGUUGAUACUGAUAAAAGUUAUUGGUUAGCUUCAGAUUCAGAACCAGAACUUAUGGAUUGGAUGACCAAAUUACAAUUAGCUUUACAAUAUAAUAAUGAUAAACGAGAUGAAAAAACACCAGAAAUUAAUAAAGAAGCAGCUUAUUCUGAAAAUAACAUGUUCAAAAAACCAUCUAAUGAUAGCUUUGGUACAUUAAAAGGUCUAGAACAUAGUGUAAAUCCUCAGUUGAUGAAAUACGCUAGAGAAACUGAUCCCUUAAAUGCACAUGCACGUCAAGAAUGUAGACGAAGACUAUUUGCAGUUUAUUCAUUUCUGCACCAACCUAGUAAUUAUAUAAGACAAAAUGUAUUAAAUCAACCAGCAGAUAGUAUAUCAGAACCAUACAAAGAACGGUUUGGUCAGAGAAUAUUAAUUGAAUGUCAAGCAAUAAAUUUUCGAUUACAUAUAAAUAAUGAAGAAAACAAUGAUGCAAUUAAUCAAGUAGAGCCAUAUUUUACUACUUUGGCUUUGUUUGAUGUACGCUCUGGUAAAAAAAUAUCUGAAGAUUUUCAUUUUGAUAUAAAUCAUGACAGUAUGAAAAAUUUACUUAACCGUGAAAAUGAAAUUGAUGAUCAUAAAUAUAUUGAGGUAGCCAAAAAUUGCAAAGUGGCAAAAGAUUGGCUGUUUAGUCAAAAACAAGCACUAAUGUGUAUUUCAAAACCUCAUUCAGAUAUUUACUUGGUAUUAAGAAUAGAUAAAGUUCUGCAAGGUAGUAUAAUACGUGUUUCUGAACCAUAUGUUAAAGCAACUACAAAUAAUAAAGAAAUUGGCCAAAAAGUAUUUAAAGCCAUUAAGAAUAUUUGUCAUAGGUUAGGAAAUUAUAGAAUGCCAUUUGCUUGGUCUGCUCGGCCAUUGUUUCGACUUUACAGUAAUGAAUUAGAUACAUCUUCCGAUUAUAUGACACUGUACAGGCAAGAACUUUCUAAGCUUGGAGAUGAUGAUAUGAUUAAAAUAUUGAUGGAAUAUCGCAAACCUGAAAAAAUGAACAAAUGUGUUGUAAUCCCAGGCCAUGUUCAGAUAAAAGUCCAACAGUUAACUAAUACUCCAGAAAAUAUAUUGACUUCAAGUUGGACUGCAGUUAAACCAUUUGCUAUACCACCUAUUCGACCUCAUCCUAUCAUUGAAAUUGCUGAAUUAUAUCCAGAUGCACAACCACAAACGGCUUAUAUUAACCAUAUCUAUGUAUACCCUCUAUCAUUAGCAUUUGAUGCACAAAAAAACUUUCCUCGUGCUCGUAAUAUCACAUGUAUGGUACAGAUGUUCGAUAAUGAUGAUGUGAACACCAAACCUAUUAAAUGCAUUUAUGGUUCACAUGGUCAAUUAUUAGAAUCCAAGUGUACAAAUGUCUUAUACCAUACAACUAGUCCGAUUUGGUAUGAUGAAAUAAAAAUAAGACUUCCGGUGCACAUAACUUCUAAGCACCAUUUAUUGUUUACUUUUAAGCAUAUUUCAGUUGAUGGUUCUAGAAAGAAACAAUCAAAUAUUUCAGUUGAUACCGUAGUUGGUUAUACAUGGCUCCCACUUAUUCUUAAAUCAAAACUCAAUAUGGAUGUAAAAUAUUUACCUGUAUCUGUAAGUUUACCUGCAGGGUACCUUUCAGUUCAACCUUUUGGACUUGGAAAAGGAUAUUGUGGACCUGAAAUAUGUUGGAUAGAUGGACAAAAACUGUUGUUUUCAUUGAAAUGUCAUCUAUUAUCUAGUGUGUAUUCAUCAGAUAAUCAUAUGCAAAAUUUAUUUGCACAUGCUGAACGUUUGGAAAAUAGUAAAUUAACAGCUAUAAUACCACCUGAAACGGAAACAUGUAAAAUAUUAAAAGCAUCACAUGCAAUCGAUUUAGAUUCUGUUAUAAAUUUUUUACCAACCUUGUUUAAUCAGUUAUUUAAUUUGCUGGCAUUAACCUCUUGUACCACUAUUGCAAGCAAUAUAAUUAGAUUAUUAGUCCAUAUAGUUGACUCAAUUCAAGAAACUGGCCGUUGUGAUACAUUAAACAUAUAUAUUAAGUAUGUUUUUACUACUCCGACAAUAAUGUUAUCCAAUAAAACUGUUCACGAUCAACUUCUCGCUUAUUUACCGAGUUUACUUAACCCAGAUAAUACCGAUUUUUUAUUGAUUAAUAAAUUUCUAGUCAACUCGAAUUUUUUUUUUCAAAUUGUUAUCAAAAGUAUGGGACAAUAUCUUUUGACGACAAACAGAAUUAAGAUGCGUCGAAAUGAAAGAUUUUCUUCAGAAUAUCAUUCUCGUGUUAAACAUAUGUUAAUUGACGUAUUAUUACCAUAUGUGAUACUUAAACACAAAGAAAUGCCUUCACAAGUGGCUAAAUUAAAUAUGGCUGUAGCUCAUUUUUUAAAGAAAUGUUUAACAUUUAUGGAUAGAGGAUUUGUACUACAACUGAUAAAUUUGUAUAUUAGUCAUUUGUCGACUUGCGAUUCUACUUUUGUCAGAAGCGCAAAGUUACUGUUUUUGAAAAUAAUUAUAUCGCAUGAACAUUACGUCUCAUUCAAUUUACCCGUACAAAAUGGGCAAACGCCUCAAGGAUGGUCACCGCACUCGCAAUAUUACAUGUCAGACGAAUAUUGCCGACAUCAUUUCUUAACCGCAAUAUUAUUACGUGAGGUUUCAAGUUCAUUUUCUUUGCCAUAUGAAUAUCGGCAUUCGGCCAUCGCCUGUUUACGUGAUUUACUUGCUAAACAUGAAUUAGACGAUCGAUAUCAAUCAAAGGGACAAAUGGCUCGGAUUGCUUCGUUAUAUUUACCUUUGCUAGGAAUUGUUUUAGAAAAUAUUGGUCGAUUAGAUUAUAGAAAAAGAAUUGUCAAUAAAACUGUAACACGUCCUUUGAAAUUAUCUUCAUUGAGACCAGGUAACCAAAAUAAUGACAUUGCUCCUAGAAUGUCUUUGAACCUAAGGGAUUCUACUUAUUUUGCAGCAAUCGCUAGUCACCUUACACCAUCCAAAAAGUUGAUUGGUCAAGAUCAGCAGGAUGAAAAACUAAAUAAAGUAAAUUCUAAUUUAAGUAUAAACUCGUGCACCUCUAAUUCGUCUUCUGAUCAAACAAAUUCUUUAUCAAUGAUAUCUCAAAAAACAACUGUCAGAAGAAAUUCUUUUGUAUCCGAAUCGGAAGGUACUAGUAAGAACCAUCACUCGAGGUCCAUUAGUGGAACUCAAACGUUUCAUAUUACGGCGGACUCUUCUGUGAAUGCCGUUAGUAAGCUAGAACCUGCCGAAGUCAAAGACGUUCUUGUGUGUUUUUUGUUUGUUCUGAAAUAUGCAUCCCAAGAUCAAUUAGUUUCUUGGUGGCGUUACUGUUCUGAUCAAGAAAUCGUAGCAUUUUUUAAAAUUAUUGAAUUAAGCUUACAAGAAUUUCGUUAUAUGGGACGCAGACAAAUAGUAGAAGAUAUUACAUGCGCGAAAAACCCCGAUAACGUUCAACUAGUUUCCAAUACAACGACUAAGAAAUCUAUGACAUUACCUGCACGAAUGCAACCACCAUCCGAAUUCAAUGAAGAAGCAACAGUUAAUUCAAAUUGUCAGCCACAUUUAUCUAUAUCGCCCCCUGUAUUGAACAGCAAUGGUACAGGCAGCAUUGGCCGAGUAGAGAACUCGAAAAAAGAUAUCUCAACUAGUAAUGACAAUUUAGCAUUUCGAAUACAAGCUGAAGCCAAUCUAACAGCAGAAGUAGGUUUGGUUGUUCUUGAUGCCCUUUCGUCAUAUUGCAUACACUUUAAAGAUAUUUUAAUGAUACAUAACGGUGAUAAUGAUGUAAUGGAGAGUGUUUUUUCUGUGCUUAUGGCGUUUUUAUGUAUUGCACAAUCCACGUCAGUUUGUGGACACGUAUUUGCUACUCUACGAUCAUUUAUCAAUAAUUUUUCUUGUGUAUUUUUCAAAGGUACUGCACAUUUGGUCGGUAAACUUUGCUCCCAAUUAUUGAAUGGAUGUAAUAGUCGGUCGUCGAAAGUACGACAAGAAUCUUGUGCUGCUCUUUAUCUUUUGAUGCGAAGCAAUUUUGAACUUUCAUGUUCAAACAUUACUAGAGUUCAUUUACAAACUGUCAUUGCAGUGUCACAGUUAUUAGGUGACUUGACGUCUGAGGAUCUUAAUAAUUCUCGAUUUCAAGAAAGUCUCUCGUUGAUCAACAGUUACGCUAAUAGUGAUAAAGUAAUGAAAAAUACUGGGUUUCCUGUUCAAGUGAAAGAUUUGACGAGACGUGUGAGGACCGUUCUAAUGGCGACUGCUCGCAUGAAAGAUUUAAAUCAUGACCCCGAAAUGCUUGCCGAUCUUCAACAUAGUUUGGCAAACUCUUACGCUUCAACACCCGAAUUACGUUUAACAUGGUUACAGACUAUGGCUCGAAAUCAUGAUGACAAUGGCGAUUUUUCAGAGGCUGCGUGUUGUAGACUUCAUAUUGCCGCUCUCGUAGCGCAGUACCGAAAAUUGAAAGGCACACAGGAAUGGGGCGCGGAAGUAUUCAAAAAAAUUUCGUCAAACAUCGCCCGAGACGAAAUUGGGUUGCAGUUGGAUUCCGGUGGUAGUGUAGCGGCUAACGAUACACUUUACGGAGAGCAAGCUCUCUUGGAUCGACUUGAAUCGUGCGCUGUCAGUUUGCGACGAGCCGAACUGUACGAGUGUUUCGGUGAACUGUACAAAUUGGUCAUUCCCAUAUACGAACAGCGUAAAGACUACCAUGCGUUGGCCGACUGUUACCGGACCGUCAGUCUUGCUUACGAUACGGCUGUGACUGCUCGACAAUCGGGUCGUAGAAUGCUUGGCCGUUACUAUAGGGUUACGCUAUUUGGUCAGUCAUAUUUCGGCGAUCAGCACGGUGUGGAAUUCGUUUACAAGGAACCAAAGCUAACGCCCUUGUCGGACAUAUCUGAGCGAUUAUUGUGUCAGUACGGCGACAAGUUUGGUCGAGAUAAUGUGCGCAUAAUUAUGGAUUCAAAUACCGUUUUAAUUUCUGAAUUGGACGUAAAAUUUGCUUACAUACAAAUUACUCACGUUGUACCAUAUCACGGAGAAAUGUAUAUGGAAAUCGAUAACGAUUCUGUCUCUGAAUUUGAACGUAAUCACGACAUUGACAGUUUUGUUUUCGAAACUCCGUUUACUCGCGGGGGUGUGGGAGGCGGUAGCGGUCAAUCUCAAAGUGGUCCGCGUGAGCAAUGGAAACGGCAAACUAUUAUUAAAACUGAAUACAAAUUUCCAUACGUCAAGAAACGUUUACGAGUAUGUUCUCGACGUGAAAUAGAACAGUGUCCAAUACAAGUGGCCAUCGAUGAAAUGUGCCAGCGAGUUCGCGAAUUGAGACAAGCUAUUUCUGCACAGCCUACAGAUGUUAAAAAACUACAACUGCGUUUACAAGGUAGCGUUUGUGUUCAAGUUAACGCUGGUCCUUUGGCCUAUGCUAAAGCAUUUUUGGAACCACAAGCCGUUCUUGAACUUUCGCCCGAUAAAGUUCAAGACCUCAAGGAUACAUUCAGAGAAUUUAUCAGUACGUGUUUCGAUGCGCUGAAAUUGAAUCGGAUGGUUGUGUCUGCCGAUCAAAUAGAAUAUCAAGACGCAUUGCAAGAAAACUUUUUAAAAAUGUGCCGUGAACUAUCAGAAUGUGUCGAAAGCGAUUCGUUGUGGAGAGACUUAUUGCAAGCAUGUUCAUCUCCUAGUAAUGAUAGUCGAACCCUAUUUACUGCCAUCAGUGGUGCGAGUCAUGAUUCGUCGAAUGCAUAAUUCCUUUUGAUUAAAAAAAAUUAAAAAACGAUUUUUUUUUUUUUAAAUUUGUUACUAGCCAUAAUUCAAUUAUUUUAGAGUA